GCUUUCGAUCCCUUUUUCCUACCUCACCAGGUUAUUUUUCUACCAGUUGAAAGCUUUCGGAGGGUGCAAACUUAAUUAAGCUUUGAAUCUCUGUUAUUUUACUCAUGUUAACACCAACGGAGGACAAUGUGUCUUCUAACUCACAGCUAUCAUCUGAUAUUUUUGGAGAUCUUCUCGAUUCUAUUAUUGUUGAUGUUGCAUCAGAGGCACACCGGAUUGCAAGGUUAGGACUUGAUCGUAACUUGGAUGAAGAGGAAGAGGAAUUAAGGUUGUCUGCAGAAGCCCGGGCCAGGGCAUCUGAUCCUAGUCAUAGUGGUGAAACCAAUGGCAAAUAUAUUGUCGAUAUAUUUGGGCAAACUCAUCCUCCAGUAGCGAAUGAAAUCCUUGAGUGCAUGAAUUGUGGCAGAUCUAUAAUGGCUGGCCGGUUUGCUCCUCAUUUGGAGAAGUGCAUGGGGUAGAAAGGCCCGGCUCAAGGCAACAAGAAGUAGUACUGCUGCACAGAACCGGUACUCACGUGGAAGCCCCCAUUCAACUAAUGCCCCUCACUCGAAUUCGAACCGAUCGAAUGGAAGUUCUGGUGUUGCAGGCGAUGAAAACUCGUGUGGCACUUUGGGAGAGCCAUGAUGCGAUGAGAUGGAACAAGCUGUCUGAGUAGUUGUCUGGAGAACAAAGCUACCAACGAAAUGAUUUUCAUAUGCUAAUUCAACCAUACCUGUCCUCCUUUUAACCCCUUCAACUGCGGUGGUGUUUUGGCUAUGCAUUUUAUAGGAACAUAAUCCUGAUUCUGGGUCAUUACAGCAGAUUUUGUCAAAAAACUGUAGUCACAAGUACAAAACUAUUGGCUUUUGAUAUUGGUCUGAUGAACUAUAGCAUCAAGGUGAAAGAAAAUGAACCACAUUAUAACAAUGAAUGAGAGAAAAUGACACAUGAACAUAACGA